UUCCUUUGAACACGGCUUUGCCGAGUGGUGCUGGUGGCAGAAAUUUUGAAAUUUGAAAGAGACCUUCGUCGAAUGGGACGGAGUCAUUCGUCGAGGGAAGACAACGCGAAGUCAAUUGGUAGUACAGGUAAACGAUCGACGAAGUUAGCGUACCUGGUACUAGCAUCGCUGUCCUUGCCAGGUGUGUAUGCCACCAUCGCUGCCUAGCCGUCACAUUGGAUCGGGUUUCUGGCAUACGAAGUGAGAUCAGCCCCUUGGCACGACUCUCUGCCGCAGAGAAUACUCUGUACGUGGAGUACCCGGAGCAUUCGGCCGACGCCAUAGCCCCCACCUUGCCUUUUACCUCGCCUUUUCUAAGUGGACGGAGAUUGUACUUCUUCAGCUUGUUGUUCUCGGCCGGCGACCACGCUCUGCAUUCGUCAAGCCGAGAUCGUGUGCGCGUUUACCCAAUACGACGAAUAGCCGCAGUGAAGGUUCCUUCCGUCGCGAAGAAAACUCAAACAAUACUCGGUCAAGCAGAGGCCCGUCGAGGACAACCAAGCGCCAUGCAGCCUCCACGCUCAAGUGAAUCUUGCGCCGGACACUCGCUACCGGCUACUGCCAUGCCUUCGUCGUACCGCAGACCCGGUGCUAAGAAGAGUAGCGCACGCACAGGACAUACCCACCGGCAGUACAGCAGCAGAGCAUUCGGUGGUGGAGCAUCAGCGUGGACCACCCUACUCUGUCUUGCGAUAGCAGCGCUUGUCUCAUCUAGUCUACUGUGUCACCAAGCGAAGGCGCAGAGCACAAUGACCGCCAUGGAUGCUGGCACGGACAACGCAACGGCUCCUCCAGCCAUGCAAAAUCCAACAACGCAAGCCCUGACAACGGAGGUCCCAACAACAAAUACUACCGAUGGAGAUAUUGACAACACCACAAUGGCAACAACCCAAGCCCCAACAAUAAAUACUACGGAUGGAGAUGUUGACAACACCACAAUGGCAACAACCCAAGCCCCAACAUUUCAAGCCCCAACAUUUCAAGCCCCAACAACCCAAGCCCCAACAACCCAAGCUCCAACAACCCAAGCUCCAACAACAAAUGCUACGGAUGGAGAUGUUGACAACAAUACAAUGGCAACAACCCAAGCUCCAACAACAAAUACUACGGAUGGAGAUAUUAACAACACCACAAUUGCAACAACCCAAGCCGCAACAACAAAUACUACCGAUGAAGAUGUUGACAACACCACAAUGGCAACAACCCAAGCCCCGACAUUUCAAGCCCCAACAACCCAAGCCCCAACAACCCAAGCUCCAACAACCCAAGCUCCAACAACAAAUGCUACGGAUGGAGAUGUUGACAACAAUACAAUGGCAACAACCCAAGCUCCAACAACAAAUACUACGGAUGGAGAUAUUAACAACACCACAAUUGCAACAACCCAAGCCCCAACAACAAAUACUACCGAUGGAGAUGUUGACAACACCACAAUGGCAACAACCCAAGCCCCAACAUUUCAAGCCCCAACAUUUCAAGCCCCAACAACCCAAGCCCCAACAACCCAAGCUCCAACAACCCAAGCUCCAACAACAAAUGCUACGGAUGGAGAUGUUGACAACAAUACAAUGGCAACAACCCAAGCUCCAACAACAAAUACUACGGAUGGAGAUAUUAACAACACCACAAUUGCAACAACCCAAGCCCCAACAACAAAUACUACCGAUGGAGAUGUUGACAACACCACAAUGGCAACAACCCAAGCCCCAACAUUUCAAGCCCCAACAUUUCAAGCCCCAACAACCCAAGCCCCAACAACCCAAGCUCCAACAACCCAAGCUCCAACAACAAAUGCUACGGAUGGAGAUGUUGACAACAAUACAAUGGCAACAACCCAAGCCCCAACAACAAAUACUACGGAUGGAGAUAUUAACAACACCACAAUUGCAACAACCCAAGCCCCAACAACAAAUACUACCGAUGGAGAUGUUGACAACACCACAAUGGCAACAACCCAAGCCCCAACAUUUCAAGCCUCAACAUUUCAAGCCCCAACAACCCAAGCCCCAACAACCCAAGCUCCAAUAACCCAAGCUCCAACAACAAAUGCUACGGAUGGAGAUGUUGACAACACCACAAUGGCAACAACCCGAGCCCCAACAACAAAUACUACCGAUGGAGAUGUUGACAACACCACAAUUGCAACAACCCAAGCCCCAACAACAAAUGCUACGGAUGGAGAUGUUGACAACACCACAAUGGUAACAACCCAAGCCCUAACAACCCAAGCGCCAGCAACCCAAGUCCCAACAUCCCAAGCCCCAACAACAAACACUACAAACACUACCGGUGAAGACACAGACAACACUACAAUUGGAUCAGAGCAACCUUCAUCGACAGAAGCGCCAACAACUCAAGCAGCUGUAACGACCCAAGCAGCAUCAACAGCAGUAGGAACAACCCCAUUAGUUACUACAGGAGCUGCAACAACUCAAGCAGCCACAACAGCAGCAGGAACAACAGCAGCAGGAACGACCCAAGCCGCCACAACAGCAGCAGGAACAACUCAAGCAGCCACAACAGCCGCUGCGACUACAGAAGCUGCAACAUCUCAAGCAGCAACGACGGCAGCAGGAACAACUCAAGCUGCAACAACACCAGCAGGAACAACAGCACCAGGAUCAACUCAAGCAGCAACAACAGCAGCUGCAACAACCCAACCAGCAACGACAGCAGCUGCAACAACCCCAGCAGCCACAACAGCAGCAGGAACAACAGCGGCAGGAACAACUCAAGCAGCAACGACAGCAGCAGGAACAACAGCAGCAGCAACGACAGCAGCAGGAACAACGGCAGCUGUAACAACCCAGGCAGCAGCAACAACAGCGGCAGCAGCAACAACAGCAGCAGGAACAACAGCCGCAGGAACAACUCAAGCAGCAACGACAGCAGCAGGAACCACAGCAGCAGCAACGACAGCAGCAGGAACAACUCAAGCAGCAACGACAGCAGCAGGAACAACAGCAGCAACGACAGCAGCAGGAACAACGGCAGCUGUAACAACCCAAGAAGCAGCAACAACAGCAGCAGCAGCAACAACAGCAGCAGGAACAACAGCGGCAGGAACAACUCAAGCAGCAACGACAGCAGCAGGAACCACAGCAGCAGCAACGACAGCAGCAGGAACAACAGCAGCAGCAACGACAGCAGCAGCAGCAACGACAGCAGUAGGAACAACGGCAGCUGUAACAACCCAAGCAGCAGCAACAACAGCAGCAGCAACAACAGCAGCAGCAACAACAGCAGCAGCAACAACAGCAGCAGCAACAACUCAAGCAGCAACGACGGCAGCAGCAGCAACAACAGCAGCAGCAACAACUCAAGCAGCUACUACAGCCGCUGCAACAACAGAACUGGGAACAACCCAAGCAGCAGCAACAACAGCAGCAGCAACAACAGCAGCAGCAGCAGCAACAACAGCAGCGGCAACAACUCAAGCAGCAACGACAGCAGCAGCAGCAGCAACAACAGCAGCAGGAACAACUCAAGCAGCUACUACAGCAGCUGCAACAACAGCAGCAUUGACAAUGGGAACCACCCAAGCCAGCUCAGCACAGGCAUCAGCAACCCCACAGUCUAACCCUACCCCGAUCAGCAGCCAAGCCAUGGACACUAGCCAGCCACAACAGCAGAGCACGACACAGCAGCAGCAGAGACCGACGACUAGGCUCCCGGUGACUACACAGCCUAGGCCAACCAUGGCUACAACCCAGGCUAACCGUACCACUGACAGCCAGGCAGACACGGGCUUGAGCGGCGGCGCAAUCGCCGGCAUCGUGAUCGGCGUGAUUCUCGGCGUACUGCUCAUCGUGCUGAUCGUGAUCCUGCUGGCCAGGUACCGCAGUCGCCACUUCCGCAAGUACUCGCCAAACCGCGUGCCGAUCAACGACGCGGACGGCACGACGCUCACCAACACGGGCGCGUUCACCAGCACGGCCGAGAACAGUCAUAGAAUGUCAACGUUCUCCGCCGGGUCGACCACCGGCCAGCGGCGCAUGUCCCGCGAGGACAUCAUCACCGAGAUUGAGCACAUCAAGGAGCAGAAGACCGACGAACUGCUCAUCUGAGGCGUGCGUGCGAGAUUGGCGUGCACGCGUGCGUUAGCGGCAAGCAUGCGCCCGUGUUUGGCUAGUAACUUGACGAAUUAGCUCCAGUGCAGGUGAGGGUGUGACAUGAUGAGGAAUGUCGUUCAGUGCAAUCACGCCCAGUGAGCAGUAAACACAAACAGCCCGGCAUCGUCGCAAGUGAGUGUCCCCUUCCUCCUCCCCCCCCCCCCCCCCAUCCAUCCCUUUCUCCAAUCCCAGCAUUGGUUGGGUCACUACUGAGUGGCGGAUCCUGAGUCCCUUGCCGAUCCCGUACACAUGUACACACUACAUUUCACAGCAGCUAGCUGACAUGAUCAUGUAACACAUGACUGGGCUAAGCCAUUCGUUCAGUAACAGAAAUACGGGGAACUGGAACUCCAUCCGGGUGAACUCUAUGGAUCACCGGGCUGCAACAGAUUGAUAACGUACUCGUUGAGAUUAACAAUAAUUGUAGGCAGUUCAACUUCUGAUUAGAGUAGCUAACGGCGUCAUUUGUAGUCGAAUAGUUCUACUUAGAAGGUUGUCGUUACUAGGCCACCGCUGUGUCGGCACGAUAGAUGAAUUCUUCAACUAGCAAUAGACUCAUACCAACCAUUGUCACUUCUGAGCCUACGCCGACGCUCACAACGAACGUAUCCAAUAGUAUCAUUUCACUAUUUUAAAGAUAGCAGUUAAAAUUCGGUCCUGCACAGAUUUUCCAUCGUCCAUCAUAGCGGUUAACUUAAUAAUUAUUAUUAUUGUAAGGCUGCGCUGGAUGUCGUGGCAAUGGUCAACGUGCACUGCUCACGCCGCUGUGCACAAGCAUUGCCGGCAACUGAGAGCAUUGUUGUUAUGUCUUCGCCCUACUAGCUGCCAGACUAACAACACACUCGACGUUACAGAGCACACAGUAGUUAUCAGUUCCAAUAAUUAUCUAUUAUCCGGAAAGACGUCCAUCAUCCACGUCCAUCAUACCCUCUCUCUCCUCAACACAUGCGCGUUCCAUACAUAAUAUCAUGAUAAGAGAAUAUGACGUCAGAGACAUAACAGUUGUUGGGCUCUGCUCGCUUUUCCUCCUCGACCGCUCUUUCUACACCAGCUGGCUGGCACCAGCCUGCUGUACUGACCGUUAACGCUUGCUACGCUUAAAGCCGUAUAGGCAUGCGGCAGUACAAUUCUGCACAGCCUGGGCAGCAACACGUUAUUCACUAUCGUAUUCAAACAUCGAUUGUAGGCAAUCUUAUACAGACUGUACACUAGCGCAGUGCUAGGCAACACUUUUGGCUUAGCCUGUGCUGUUCAGUCACCGCCAGCACUGCUUGAUACACGGCGAGAGUUUGUCCGGUGAAUUCUUGCCGCUUUCUGACCUUUCCCUUUUGGGGAACUUGAUGCGGUUAACUUACCACAGCAAUGGCAUGACUAUACUGUAAUUUCACACAAGUUUUUGGUGUACUUUUAUUUUCGGUACUUUCAGUGCGUCUGUUUCAUACCUAAAAUUUCAAUACACCGAACAAACGCUAACACACAAAAUCCAAUAGGGAACUGCUUCUCUGUACCGAAAAUUUCUGUUCACCUAACCUAGCUGUUUGCUCUAUAAAUACCGAAAACAUGGAGCACCGAAAAUUUCUGAAAUUAGAGUACUUUACACUCUG